AUGAGACUCUCCUACUCGUUGGCGUCAUUGGCUACUUUGCUGGCCGCUUCUGCACCUGCAAGUGCUCAGCCAAGCUUGGUGCAAUGGGCGAACUCACUGACAACGAAAAACGCAACCGAGAGCGUGGAGAACAUUGUGUCCCAGUGGGACUUAACGAACCUCACUCUUGCUGCCGUUCGUCGCUCUCCUGCGAAUUGGCCCAUGCCCAUGAUGAACAAAAACUGGACUGGAGUCACACUCGAUAUCAACGCGACUGUCGAUCUGGGUGUCUCUUUGAUUCAAGAGGCCGCCGCAAAGGGAGCCCGUGUUGUUACUUUUCCAGAAGUCUGGUUUCCUGGAUACCCGAAAGGUGUCAUCAACGAUGAGGAUCCCAAUCCCUGGUUCCAGUACCACGUCAAAGAUUACAUCGAAAACUCACUUGUUGUUGGAAGCGGCAACUGGAACAAGCUUGUGCAGGCAGCCGUUGAUAACCAGAUCUAUGUCGGUCUUUCUUUCUCGGAGAAGGAUGCCGCACGCCUUUACAUGGCACAGUCACUGAUCGCCCCGGACGGUAAAAUUUUGAUACAUCGCCAUAAGCUCCGACCAUCGGCUCAAGAGCGCGAGCUUUGGUCAGACGGGAAACUCGAGCACCUCUACACCGUCAGCACGCCAAUCGGUCGGAUCGGCAUGCUCUCCUGCGGCGAGCACACGACGCCAGAAGCGAUGUUCAUUCAACAAGCACAGACCGAAGACAUCCAUCUUGGAUCCUGGCCAAUGACGCCCGACUUCGGCAACACCAGCUUGGCUUACGAGUCGGCUGAAGUCAUCACUACUCUCGGACAUUUCUACGCCGUCGUGGGAGACACAAUUGUGGUCCAAGCUUCCAUCGGGACCGGCACUAUCUUCCCACGAGGAUCUUCGUCUGUCUGGUCUCAGCUUACCGCAAACGUAUCCUUCGAUGAACACCCUAUCGUUUACCGCUCCUUCAAUGCGUCGCAGUUCAAGAACACGACAUAUAAUAUUGGUGGAGAGCUUUCUUGGGGAACUCUUCAAGGAGUCAAUGAGGGAUUUCCACAGUAUAUCUCGCAGGUCACAGGAGAUUUUGUUCCGUGGCAUCAGAACCUGAUCGGAGAUCUGCUGAACCGAUUCUACCGCGGAACAAUUUUUCAGGCGGUAAUUCUCGGUCUCAUCAGUUUCACACAGCCCGGAAUAUGGACUGCUCUCAACAACCUUGGUGCCGGUGGACAGGCAGAGCCAUACGUCGUUAAUGCUGCCAAUGUCAUUACCUUCGUAGUCAUGGUAUUCUUCUCUCCGCUGGCCAGUAUUGUCGGGAACAUCAUUGGCAUGCGUUGGGUGGUGUUCAUCGGCUGCAUCGGAUACGUGCCGUACUCGGCAGCACUCUAUUGCAAUUCGGUUUGGGGAACGCAAUGGUUUCUGAUAUUCGGUGCUGUCACCUGCGGCCUCUCCGUUCCAGCCCUAUGGCCAGCCGAGGCAGCCAUCGGCGUCGGCUACCCCGAAAUACGACGAAGAGGAAUGUGCAUCAGCAUCUGGAUGGCACUCGGCAAGCUCGGCUCCAUCAUCGGCACAGCCAUCCAACUCGCGCUCAACGCCUCGGGCGACACAACCGGCGCCAUCGCACCCAAAACCUACCUCGUCCUCAUCGCGCUCCAAUGCCUCGGGCUGCCCCUCGCGCUCCUCCUCUCCCCGCCGCACAAGCUCAUCCGCACCGACGGCAAGCAACCCCACUUCUCCUCCACUGCCAAGGACUUCCGCACGCAAACCCGCGCCUUCCUCCGCAUCUUCAAGCGCAAGGAGGUCGCGCUGCUCAUCCCGGCCUUCGUCACGGCGCAAUGGGGCGUCACGUACCAGGGCAACUACCUGGCGGCCUACUUCACGGUGCGGGCGCGCGCGCUGGCUGGGUUCGCGAUCGCGGUGGUCGGCGCGCUGGCGAACGUGUUGACGGGCUGGUGGCUGGACACGAAGCGGCUGCGGCGCUCGACGCAGGCGCGGUGGAGUUGGGGGUUUACCCUCGCGCUGUUUACGGGCACGUGGGUGUGGAAUGUCGUUGUGCAGGAGAGGUGGGCGAGGGACAGCCCUGUGAUUGAUUGGACGAGUGGGAAUUUUGGCGCGGGCGUGGGGAUUUAUAUCAUUUACAGGAUUGCGUACGAGGUUGUUGGCGUUUGGUUGUAUUGGGCGCUGGGGUCGUUUGAUACCGAGGCUGACACGAUCGCGCUGUCGAUGGGUAUACUACGCUCGGCGGAAUCGCUGGGCCAGGCGUUUGCGUAUGCGGUUGGGUCGGUAAGAAGUGCGUCUUUGAUGACGAACCUCAUCGUGGCCAUCGUCACCUUCUAUGUUGCUGCCCCUUUUACGACUUGGGCGGCGUUCCUGGUGCAGGAUAGGGCUCCCGGGGAGGAUGAAGCAGAAAGUGUCAGGGAUGGGGCUGCUCCAUCUGAAUCGGAGGUCGAGGGCGUGCAAGUGGGAGUCGUUGCGAAAGAGUAA